AUGGCUCACCACGCAGGCCCUGCACCGGCCCCAAAACAGUUUGUGCUCUGUUUUGAUGGUACGGGUAAUAAGUUCGCCGGUGAUGAAUCUGAUAGCAAUGUAUUAAAAAUCUUUCGCAUGUUGGAUCGCAGCAAAAGCCACCAAUACCACUACUAUCAACCUGGUAUCGGUACUUAUGUGACAACAAAAUCACUCACAAGCCAUGGGCGCAUUCAGCGCAUCCGAUCCUGGUACGAAAAAGCCAAAGAUUCGGCUGUUGGAUCCUCCUUCGAUGAGCAUGUGAUGGGUGGGUAUAAGUUUUUGAUGCGAUACUAUUCUCCCGGCGAUGAGAUCUUUUUCAUUGGAUUCAGUCGUGGUUCAUAUAUUGCGCGUUUCUUGGCUGAAAUGCUGGACUAUAUUGGUCUGCUCGAAGCCGGUAACGAAGAGCUGAUUCGCUUUGCCUGGAAGACCUUCGCCAAAUGGCAACAACGCCAGGGGGCUGUCACAGAGGAAGACGAAGAGGAAACAACAAAGCUGUUCGAAUAUAUGAAGGCGUUCCGUGAAACCUUCAGUCGUCCAAUCACUCGUAUCAAGUUUAUGGGUCUAUUCGAUACUGUGAACAGUGUGCCACGUUUUGAGAAUGCUUGGAUGCAGCGCAGCAAGUUUCCCUAUACUGCACGUAGUUCAGCUCGGGUGAUUCGCCAUGCCGUUGGUAUUGAUGAGCGCCGUGCCAAAUUCCGUCAAGAUCUGAUUUCUGGCAAGCGCCCACAUGAGAAGAAGAUGAAGCGUCAUCGUCACCACCUCCCUGCUAUGCCUCACAUUCCUGCUCCUCAUCUCCCUGCACCUCCCAUUUUUGAAGGCCACCUGGCACGUCAUCAAGAUGCUGAGCACCAUUUGCAUAUUCGCCACCAGGAUACCCAGCGCAAACAACAGGAAAAACUGCAACAGGAGAAACUGCAGAAAGAGAAGCAACAGCACGAGUCACAGGCCGACCAAGUUCCUGCUAUUCGCUUGAACGAUGACUCUGAUGGUCCACAGCUCGAGACACCGCCCGCUGGAGACAAACCUGAGUUCGAGGAUCCUGGCUGGGGUCCCAAGGAAGGCGAGUCAUACUACCACUCUCAUCUCCAUGGUCAGCGCCCCACGUCACCGGCAGGAACCAGCGACAAGGCUCAGGCUCCCGGGGCUCCCCGAUACCGCGCGCCUUCUCCUCGACGCAACCCUUCUCCUCGACGCAACCCUUCUCCUCGACGCAACCCUUCUCCUCGACGCAACAGUCUCGUUGUUCCCAAUGGAAAGCCAUCAUUCGAUGACUGCACAUCCAUUCGAAGUGGUCAAUCCGGCACGAUAUCGCUUCAAAUCCCCGGUCAAGAUGACGAGGAGUAUGAUAGUGACGAGGAGGAGCAAGACAUUCACGAAGUUUGGUUCCCAGGUUGCCACGCCGAUAUUGGUGGUGGAUGGAAGCUGGCAGAUAAAGAGAUGUGGGCUCUGAGCCACGCUCCGCUGGUAUGGAUGGUCCAGGAAGCCCAGAAGGCUGGUCUGGAGCUCGACGAGCGCAAGAUGAAGCAGUUCCAGUGUCUCGAGGAGUUUGACGGUGACUAUACCCCAAUCCAGGAGACCUUGGGCAAGCGCCGUGGCAGCCGAAUCAGUCAAUGCCCCGACGGACAGGAGGACCCCAAUAUUUACCGUAACAGUCCAGACGAGAAGCAGCAAUCUGCAGCCAGUCGAGAUUUCUGGCAUGCGCUACGAGCAUCUAGCACGAAGGGUCUGAAGCAUGACUGUCUGGAAUUCGACCAGGGUCUGCCAUCCCUCUCUGUAAUCUCUUGGCGAGUGAUGGAGUGGUUGCCAUUCCGACGUAUGGAUCUCAAGUCCGAUGGUACCUGGAAACCUAUCCGCUGGCCUCUGCCACGUGGUGAGGUUCGCGAUGUGCCUCUGGAUGCGGAGAUUCAUGUAUCAGCUAUCCGCCGCAUGCAAGCAGAUCCUACCUACCGACCUGGAAAUAUUAUUGUUGGUGGUGGUGGUCGUGGUGUACGCCUAGCACCCGAGGAACUUGGUAUGGGUGAAUGGGUUGUUCUCAAGAAUGAGGGAGAUGAUGUUCGUGAGACGUAUGUGCGGAAGGACCAGGCCACAAAGUGCAAAGAGGCUCUGUCACAUCCUCAUUGCCUCCACUGA